UUCCGUACUGUGGACAACUGACUCUUUCUGUUCCUUUGCAGUUUCUGCCUAAAACAGGAGGUACUCCAAAGAAGAAUGAAAUUGUAUUUACUGCACCAACAGGGGAGGAGAUCAGCACAAAAAAACAGCUGGAACAGUACCUGAAGUCGCAUCCCAGUGGUCCACCAGUAGCAGAGUUUGAUUGGGGAACUGGUGAUACUCCAAGAAGAUCCUCAAGGAUUAGUGAAAAAGCAAAGGCAGCUCCAUCUCCGGCAGAAAGUGAGCCUGCUAAGAAACGAGGCAGAAAGUCCUCAGCUUCAAAGAAGGAUUCCAAUGAAGUCCCUGAAGAAACAGAAGCAGCAAAGGACGACGACAUGGAAGAAGCUGAAGAACAUGAGAAGGAUACUGCAGCAGUGGAAGCUGAGAAGGAUGUUGAACAAAAACAAGACGAGAACCAAGAUGAGACUCAAGAUGGAGAGAGCGAAAUAGAGAAGAAAGAGGAAGCUGAAGCUACUGAGAAGGAUGUAUCAAAGAAAGAUGAAACCGAAUCUUCUGAGAAUGAUGGAAAGAAAGACGAAAGCCAAAAUGCUGAUGGCAAAGUAGAAGAUGCUCCUUCUGAAGAAACUCAGGUUGAGAAAGAUGUCGAGAUAGCUGAUAACGUUGGACAUUCCAAAGAUGUUGAAGAGGCCCCUGGUGAUAAAGCAGCUGAUGAUCUUGAAGCUACUAAAAUGAAUGAGGAGGAAAAGGAUGUACAGGUUGAAGAAAAAGUAGCAAACAUGCCUACUGAAACAGUGACAUCAGAUUCUAUCGCUGCUGAGGAAAAGAAGCAUCAAGCGGAAGGAGAACAGAACGAUGAGCAGAAAAAUAGUGCUGCAACGACGAGCACUGAAGAUCAACAUAAUCUGAUGAACAGUGAAAUAAGUAAGGUGGAGGGUGAAGUAACUGAGAAUGGCAGCAACACUAAUGAGGCCAAGCCUUGAACAGCAGUUGAGUAGCUUCGUGCCACUUCUCUGUUCUCUCUCUGUCUAACCUUUUGCUCUUUUUGCUUCUUUUCGAUGACUGUAUUGUCGCGAAUUAUAGAUACUCUAAUUGUUCACAAGACGUCUGUAUGCAAAAUCUUAGAUUUAGGACCUAAAUAUUGCUCUGGUAGGAUUUAUCGCCUGCAGAGAUAUUUCUACCAUUACUAAUCUAUGUCAUCGAUUAGACCUUCAGCAGAAACACUAAUUGUGCUGAGGUAAUUUGUAGUUGUCAAGAUCGGCAUAGAUCGUUGUAUGAAACUCAGUGAUAUAAGCUUAUAUAAAGACUUUGUGUUAUCUCGACUAAUGAGGGAGUUGGCUAA